AUGCUACAACGCAUUGCACAGGCUGCGCGGGCGGCCGUGCAGCCCUGCCGUAUGUUUUAUCCAGGCUCUUUGCGCCCGGCUGUAAGUGUGCGCGCAUAUUCCCAGGCUACAGAGACGCCGGCGCCGGCGCCGGCGCCCGCGUCGUCCGAGUCGGAGGCCACGCCCAAAGUCUCCCUGGACUCCGCGCUCGAGUUCACACCGACCCCAACACUAUCGGGUGCCACGGAUACCAAAGUGCAACCAGAGAUGCCGGUGCGUGACGUGCUCUCUGUACGUGGCCGGUCAUUGCCGCACCGCUUGCAUGUCAAGUCGACGCGCAACAAUACGAUUGUAGCAUUUACGAUGCCCACGGGCGAAGGCCUUGUGCGUGCCAGUGGUGGUAGCGUCGGUUUCCGCAAGGCGCAGCGGUCGGGCUACGAAGCAGGCUACCGUGCUGCGCUGCGUGUGUUCCAGCACAUUGGCGCUAACAAGAAGCGAUGGAAUGUGAAUGCCAUUGAAGUGGUCUGGAAUGGCUUUGGCCAGGGUCGCGAAGCUGUAUUCCGUGCCUUGCAAGCCAACGAGGGCGAACUGGUACGAAACAUGGUCAAUGUCAUGACGGACAAGACGCCUAUCAAGAUUGGCGGCUGCCGUCCGAAGAAGCGACGAAUGCUGUAA